AGCAAUUGAAGAGAAAGAAAGCCAUUACUGCGUGUACUGGUAGAGCUCGAAUGAAUGAUGCGAUGGCCAAUCACCCACACUACCGAUCCCAGUUCGGCGACACCACAUUAACCAAGGUGUUCGUGGGAGGACUAGCUUGGGAGACGCCCACUGAAGAAUUGCAUAGAUACUUCGAGCAGUUCGGAGAUAUUCUUGAAGCCGUUAUCAUCAACGAUAAGCAUACUGGGAAGUCUAAAGGCUAUGGAUUCGUCACUUUCCGUGAUCCAGACUCAGCAAGAAAAGCUUGUGCGGAUCCCAAACCGAUGAUACAUGGUAGAAGAGCAAAUUGCAAUAUUGCUUCUCUAGGACGGCCUCCGCCCCCACCUUCAUCUCCUCGAGGAACGAACUUAUCGGUGCAAGAU